CACACCGUGCGUGAUAACAAAUCCUAACAUUAGCCGAUCGCUUGUAACAAUAUUGCAAUUUUAUCAACUUCAUUUUCGGAAUUUUGUUGUAAACAGACUCAUACGGUCCACAGUUUUAUUAAAAUGUCGAGACGAGAUUCCGUAAAAACAUUGAACUUGUAAUACAUACCCAUAAAUGUUGGAUACAAACGAAGUCCAGCGGUUAUAAUCUAUCACCAACGCACAAGAGAAACAAGUUCUUUUUACCGUUAAAAAGAAAUUUCUUCCACAGAAGAAGUAAAACAAAAUUAUUGUUGCGGUGAUACAACGUAAUGUUAAGAACGAACACACCAGUCUGUGAUAGAAUUGCUUCACGUGAACAAGGUAUAUACAAUCAGAACACCUUAUGAAUAAUAUUUCAUUUCGGUUCAGUGUUAUUCAAUGUGUGUCCGAUAUAAAAUGCAGACGAGUCACUACCGGUUUCUAAACCAUUUCAUAAUUAAAAAUCUUUGUUCGAUUAACAUGAAUUGUUUAAGUUAAAUGAAAUAAAUUGAAUUGUGGACUUUUGUGAUUGAAUCGUCGUCAACGUGAAAUUGAAAUAAAAAAAAAAAUAACAAUUUUGUUCUUUAUGUGUCAUUAGUGGAACACACUUUGUAACACGUCAGUGAUUUGGUUACGGUACUUCUUAAAAAAGUUUUACGCAACAUAGAACGUGGAUAUUAACAUAAAUCAAAUAGAAUAACAAGAGAAUCAUUCAAAAGAGAGAAAUGGAUACCAAAAACAUUACAAUAACUCCGAAAAAGUCGCUUUUCCGAGCAUAUCUAUGCUGGUUAUUCGGUGGCAUAUUUGGUCUGCACCAUUUGUAUCUUGGAAGAGACAGACAAGCUUUCAUUUGGUGGUCAACUGUUGGUGGAUAUUUCCUAGUCGGUUGGUUUCAUGACUUCUUCCGUAUGCCGGAAUUGGUGCGUGAUGCAAAUGACGAUCCGAAGUUCAUCGAAAAAUUCAAAGAAAACAUUCGAAAGCAUCAACGACCGCCGUUUUCAACCAACAAAUUUCUGGCACAAAUUAUGAUUUCCUAUCUCUGGUGCCAGGUGUUUUUGAUGGCCAUUCCAGAGGACGAUUAUCAUGGCAUGAGUUUUACAUUCUUGCAUUGGCUCACUCCAUUCGUUGUAGCAUUAGGUGUUUGGAGUGUUGGUAAUGUGGGCCGCGAACGAGGAACAAUUUGGAAAUGUCUAUUCACAGCGUACGUCGUUUACCUGCUGCGAUUUGUGGUGUAUGAAGAAGCGUAUUGGUUAACAGCUACGAUUGUUGCGUCGACCAUUGUCUUUGACAAUUACUCCAAGCAAUGGCGUCUGACUCCGCCGAAAAAACGGAGCAAGAAACGUAGAUUCAUAACUUUGUCGGUUGCUUGCUGCCUGUAUCUGGGACUCCUGGGAUGUUAUUUCUAUUUCAAUGCGAAAAUUACGGACAGCGAAGGGGAUGAAGUACCAGUUCACGAAGCGAUUACCAACUUCUUUAAAUCUCCCUGGUGGACGGAUCUGAAGAAUUCGUUGAACGAAUUAUGGAAGUUUGCUAAGCAUCACGGAUUUUACGAAACUUGGAAACAAAUGAUUGAUAUGAUGGAUGCGGACGGGGAGCAGAAUGCUUAUAAGACACUGGGACUGUCUCCAACAGCAUCCCAGUCGGAGAUAACGUCUGCGUUCCGUCGACUGUCCAAAGAAAAUCAUCCGGAUAAGGUGAAGGGCGAAGAUGAGAAGAAAAUCGCUCAGGAGAAAUUCAUGGAAAUUUCGCAUGCCUACGAAGUGCUGAGUAAAAUUAAGUCGAAACGAAAAAAUAAAAACAAACGUUACAACAGCAGCGGUGACUUGUAAUGAACGGUUUUGUGUAAAAUGUAAUCUCAUUUGUAAAUAAUAUGCAAAUAAAUGUGUAAGAUCGAACCGAGUGCUACACACA